AUGCGUUGCAUAAGCGGAUUGGUUCUGACUGCGGCGGCUGCGGCGACGACGACGGUGGCGGCGCCCACGCAGGAGUUCCACGACUGGGGCUUCUUCCAGGAACUUGUCGCCGGCUCGGUAAGCCUCCACUCGAAAGUGUCUGCCGUGUUGCGCACCAGGCUAGAGCUUGCUUCAAGAAUCACGCGGAAGCCUUUUUUAGCUGAAACUUGGCUCUUUGCGUGAUUUCGAGCCUUCUUUUCACCUUAAAAAAGAAUACAUGUACCGAGAACAAAAGAAAUUUGUUUUGUUAGAACGGUAGUUCUCCCAAUCGCAGAAAGUCAUCUCGUUCCGAGUUUGGACAACCUUCUUUGGUUCGGUAAAGAGGUACUGACGGUUCAGAUGAAGCAGCCGACGCAUGCCAAGCCGCGUCUGGUCGUUCAAGGUCGCGAAAAACUCAACGAGGCUCAGUCCAACCGCCUCGACGCGGCUUCUUUCUGGCUGCCGGCUCUCUUCCUCUUCAAGGUUCAAACAAAGCGAGUGAGCCGCACCAACUCGGCAUUUCAGAUGAUCGACAGCUCCACCAUCAUUCUCGCUCCUGACGUCACCUUCACGUGCCCUCCGCGCACUUUCAAUUCGCUACGUCAGUCAGACCCAUAAAUUACGAGAAAAAUCAAAUGGAAAUUUUUCUAUGAAAGAAUGACCUUCUUCCAUGAUAACAAGGAAGUUCAUUUAACCGAAACUUGGAAGGUUCUGAGUACUAGGCGAAGCACAAUUACUAGUUGAAGGAUGUCUGAAGCUGAAAACCCCUACAUUAAAAAAAAGACAAAACAACCAACCGUAUUGAACAAACUUUUUUUUUCAGUGGCUUUCAGAAGCUACCUCUACGGCUCCACGGCGUUCACUACCUUCCGCGUAAGUGAAACCCCAUAUCUGGGCUAAAAAAAACGAAACUUUUGCCAGCUUCGCUUAAGCGGGCAUGAGCUUUAGAUUUUAACAACUUGGCUAUCAGUUUUUUUUUUUGAAAUUGAGUUUUAUGCCGAGAGAGAUUUUGAUAAUGAGAAACCUGCAGUGGGGAGAGAUGCGCGUGACGGAGCCGACCAACGAAGACGGCUUCGUCAUCGAGGGCAACUACCUCACUGCGGACGGCGUCUACCCGUUCAACCUCAUCUUCGAGCGUCUGGGGACGGUUAGUACUUAAAUAUCUCGAUCAUGAUACGAAUUCGAUCAACUUCAACUCUCGUUUUUCAGGACUACAAGCUGAAGAAAGCCUGGCUUUCCUCCUGCUGA